AUCGUCGCCAAGUCAAAUGGCCCAUUGUACUUUUUCUGUCUGAUAACUCUACCCAGGACCUGAUCCACAACAAUACACAACAGGUCCUUGUUCCAAAGAUCUGCACUCACAAAUGUAACCAAACUUGUUCAACCCAAGGACACAGAAUGGGAUGCCUUUAAAAACUUUGAAUCUUGUAUUUGUGUACUGCAGGAAUUUCCAAAGUAAAGGGCACUGUGUGAAAAUAUAUGAUGGAGCAUGAAGAGAGAAAUAAUACCUCUGAUAGUACCAAAAAAAUGAAAACAUUUUAACAAUGAUUAACAACAACUUGGCAAAAACAGGAUUGCAUCAUAAAACCACUGCGUGACUUUGCAGAAAUAAUAUCCAAAUGUCAAUGAAAGGAGUGAUGUGAUGUGACCUGUUGCUUGAAAGUUUGACUGGACUUAUGGAUAAAACUAUGGAAAGAAAUACGCUAACUGCUAUUACAAGCUGCAACAACCCCCUCCACCAAGAUAUGGAGAGCAAGAUCCUGAGAUUGAGACAAGUGCUCCAUCAGAUGGAGGAGGAGAAAGUAGCCGAUGCUGAACGAGCCCAAGAGGCAAUGGAGAUCCUCAAGGAGAGAUGUCGGAAGAAGAUACAAUUAGAGAUGGGGAAAAGGAAAGAUCUAGAAAGAGAGAAAGAGAUGGCAAAAGAAGGAGAACUGGAGAAAUGUCGCAAGAUGGCCAGAAAGAUUGAGUAUGCAUUAAGGCAGAGGAUGGAGAAAGAGUAUGAGGAGAAAAUGAAAGAGGCCCUGCUUGAAAGAGAAAACAAGAAGAAAACUGAGAUGGAAGAUUUCAGGAAUCAAAUCAAGAGAGAGGUUAAACUGAGGACAGACUGGAUGAACAAAGCCUUUAGGGAAGGGCAUGCCCAGUUUGAGAAAAUCAGAGAUCAAAAAGUGCCAGAGAUUGAAAUGGAGGCCCAGUUCCAGAAAGACAUUACAUCAGAGAGCAAUGAGACUGGACAGCAGGACACAACAUCUCAGAAAGAAAAGGAUGAUGACAAAGAGACAUUUAAAAAACUAAGAAACAGAGAAAUUGAAAUGAGAAGACAACAAGGCUUUGAUAGGCAGAGACAGACAGAUAGGCAGGCAGAAGAGCAACAGAGAGAGAUUGACCAAAAGAGAAAGAUAAAGAGAUUGGAGAAUAUUGGGGGAAAGAAGCAGCCCAAAAUGAACACAAAAGAAAAGGAACAAAGGAUGGAGGAGGUGAGACAGAGAGCCUUGGAGAGAACACGUCAAGGUGAGAAGGAGAACUACCUGGAGACAGUGCAGAGUGAAAAAGCCCUGAAGAGCUGGGAUCCUGCCGUGUCUGUGCCAGUGCCACGGCUCAUUAACUGCAAGCCAAGACCCAAAGCUGACAUAGAACUUGACUGCUGCCUUCACAAUGAGGACCUGAGCAGUGACCCCAUCCAACACCAAGCUCAUGAGCCUGAGAUCAUUCCUGAGUGGGAGAUCCUAGACAUUGAAAUGGAUGAGAAUGAGAGUGUGGAUGUGGAGGUGACCUACAAAGGUAGAAUCAUCCCUUACAUUGAGAUACAGGAGGCUAAGCACAGGCUCUUCGAACAGGAAGAGGAGGUGAAACGCAAGGCCCCAGAAGAGUCCUUCGAAGCCCAGCAGAGUAAGCAUUUGGCACAGCUGCAGAGCAACCCGAAGAAGUUCCUCAUGGCAGAAGAGGAAGAAGAGGGGACCAGUGAGCUUCCAGCGGGAUUCAACUGUUCCUCCCCCCUCAGUAAUAAAGAAAGACAACCAAGUUUCCAGCAGGAGAGAAAAAACCUCACAAAGGAAGAGGUUCACCAACCUCCCAAGAAGAAUAAAAGCAAGCGCCGACAACUGAUUGGCUGGAUUAAUGGGAUGGUUAAGGAGAAAUAUCAGCAGGGAAUUGAACGCACCUACUACAAUGAGGAGCACAAAGGAGACAAGGAAGUGUACAGCUGGUGUCUGGGAGACUAUGUUACAGUGAACCGUGCAGAGUGGGAAGAUAAGAAGAGGACCAAGCUCAUGAAGGCCGAAGCACAGCGAAGGAAGGCUGAGUGCCAGUGGUUGGAGUGGGAGAAGUCAAAAGGGGAAAAGAAACAGAUUAAGAAGAUGCAGAGAGGACCAAAGGCUAUUGAAGAUGGGGGAAAAAACAUCAAGAGUGUUGUUGAUAUUAUUUCUUCAAAAAUAGACCGGGUGUUUUAGAAGACUGACUGAACUCAACUCUUUUAGAAGACUGACUGAACUCAGCUCUCCUCAAAAAAAAGAUCCUUGUAACCAAAAUAUGUUUUCUUUGUUUCUGUUACUUUUCCUUUCUCUUCAUCCUACUCAUUCUAUUGUUGGUUUUCAGCACUCUUUUCAUUA